AUGGUCUGUGCCACGGGGCUCCAGAAAAUUUCCAACUGCAACCUUGAGAGCCGUCUCAGAGCUUUUGGGCCGAGUGAGCUCCGGGCAAACCACUCCGAUCAAUCUCGAAUUUCCGUCGCCCGCCGCCCGAUCCCUUUCGAAGCCAUGGCGAGCGUCCGCGCCCUGUCCCGACCGACCCGGGGUGUUUCCCUGUCUCAAAUAUCCCGGCAGACCUGUUCCAGACGAUGGGCUUCUUCAGCCGCCGCCGAGGCGCCUCUUGAGGACCUCGAGGACUCGGCUUUGGGGGCGCCGCCAUUGAGGGAGGAGGAGAAGAAGACGUUUAGACCUUGGAAGAGGCAAGCAGACAGGAAGUUUGCUUUGCCAAGUGGGAGAUACAACUACCACGCCCCCAAAUACGACCGCGGCCCCCUCCACCCGGUCCAACCCCUCCCCUCCUCGGAGCCCACAGCCCGCGACUUCGUCCCCGGCCCCUUCAACCUCCCCCGCCUACGACAGACGUACCUCUCCACCGUCGCCUCCGACAUCAUGACGCUAACCUACAACCACAUACCCCCCGGAACACCAAAGAAGGAAACACCCCAACGUCUUCGUGAAUGGGAUGAUUCCUCCCCCUACCACGCCAAUCGCUCCCUCCGCGCCCCCCGCGGCGCGCCGGUGUUGCCGCUGCUGGAGAGGGAUGUCAACUUUACGAAUAUACCCGAGAUCAAGGAAAUCACCCUCGCGGCGUACGUCCCUGCCGCGCUGCAGGACAUGGACAAUCUGCUUGUUGCCCGCGCGGCGCUGCUUGCUAUUACGGGGGUGCUGCCCGAGAUGACAAAGACACGGACUAAUGUCCAGCAGUGGAAGAUUCGGGCGGGGGAGUUUGCGGGGUGCAAGGUUACUGUUAGGGGGAAUGAGGCGUAUGAGUUUUUUGAUCGGUGUGUGAACUUGGUGUUUCCGAGGAUUAAGGACUGGAGGGGGAUUGAGGCUACGACGGGGGACAGCUCGGGGAAUUUGGCGUGGGGGUUUACGCCCGAGGAGCUGAAGCUGUUUCCGGAGAUGGAGGUCAAUUUGGGGAUGUAUCCGCCCAAGGUGAGUACUCGGGUCUCAGUUUAUGAUGAAGUGGUUGUGCUGACAAGAAAAAUAGAUGGUGCCUGGUUGCAGAGUGUACGUCAAGACUACGGCCACGUCGGAUAG